CACCUCAGUUACUUUCUGAAGUUCGGACUCAGACACGCAGACCGAGGAGAAGAAGAAGACAACGCUGGACACAAGUUAACUUUCCUUCAUAACAUGGCGUUGGCCAGGGGACUUUACGACCAGCCUGACAUUGAUUAUCCGAACUAGUUUGUUUUCUAGGAUAAAGAAAGAGAGAAGAGCCGACCAUCAUCAUGCCCGAGGUGUCGCAGAUGAAGAAGCCCGACGUGAAGGUGGUUCUCCUGGGAGACAUGAACGUGGGCAAGACGUCGCUGCUCCACAGGUACACGGAGAGGAAGUUUAAAGACACCAUCAGCACCGUCGGAGGGGCGUUCUUCCUCAAACAGUGGGGACCGUACAAUAUCUCUAUAUGGGACACUGCUGGUCGUGAACAGUUCCACGGGUUGGGCUCAAUGUACUGUCGAGGCGCGGCCGCUGUCAUCCUCACUUAUGAUGUCACCAACUGGCAGAGCCUAGCUGAGUUGGAGGAGCGCUUCCUGUCCCUGACUGAUACUGCUAACCAGGACUGCAUUUACGCUUUAGUGGGCAACAAGGCCGAUCUCACAGACCCUAAAGCUCAGCCGUCCCAGGACUCAGAUGUGGCAUCUGAGGACCAAACUGAGUGUGAGGAGGAGAGGACAGAACCACAGUCGGUGCCUGCUUGCCCCAAACCCCUGGCCUCCCCUGCUUCCCUCUCUGGGAUGACUCUACACAAACAGGUAACCCCCGAAGAUGCAGCGGCUUUUUAUGGGAGAAUACUGCGCUACAAGGGCCUGGAGGAAAAGAGCAGUCUGCCUGCAGAGAAGAUGUGCUUCGAGACAAGUGCCAAGACGGGCUACAAUGUGGACACUCUGUUCGAAGCAUUGUUUGAUCUGGUGCUGCCUACAAUCCUGAGGAAGCGAAAUGAGAACCAGGAGUCUCCUACGGUGGACCUGGAGGAAUGCCGGGGGGCCAGCAACAAGCGGGUCAGAGUUGCCUGCUGCUAGGGGCUAGAGGCUGCUACCAGCAGAGACUUGUUUUUUUUUAUUAAAGGACAAUCAAGAGGUUGGUCUGUGCACCAAAUACAUACUGUGAUGGUACUACUUAUUUGCCUUGACUGAGACCCAAUAGUGUUAAUGAACCUCCCGGUAAACACAAACACACACUCGUGAUUCUGUCAGAAUAAGCAGAUAGCGUUCAUAGUGUCCGCUGACAUUUUAAGGAAGGGAAAUAAACGCGUGUUGCGUCAUCACUCUAAGCUUUGAAACCUUCCAUCCCAAUGUCUGAAACCGUAUUUUAUAUCCCAAAGAUGUGUCUGUGGUCAAAUAACACACAUAACAAGUCAAUCACUGCUUUUUUUGUUAAUGUUUUGGAUUGAAAAUGUCACACAUUUAACAGCACUAAUUGUUAAGUGGGUGGCGCAUUGCACUGUGAUUAUUAUAGUUGUAUUUUAAGGAUUCCACAAAUCAGACUUCUUUUGUUUUCUUUAAUUACUUUAUUACUUGCGUGGAUACUGAUCUUUAUAUUUUAUAGGCACAUUUGGAACUGUUCAAUGAGUUAUUGUUAAUAAAUUGUUUUUAUGUA